AUGGCUGCUCCAAAUUCCAACACGAUAAUAUUAACGGCGCGUUGUCACUGCAAAUCCAACCAAUUCACUAUAGAGGUCCCCAGAUCAGCACUUCCACUCCGUUAUGCUCUUUGUCAAUGCAAUACCUGCCGUCAUACCACUGGUAAUUUAACUGCAGGCACCAUAUCAUUCCCUUACUUCCUGGGUAUCCCAAAACCAGAUGUAUCCAACCUUGUCGAGUACAAGACAUCUGAAAACUUACCUAGAUAUUUCUGUGGAACAUGCGGUGCUCAUAUUUGCACUAUUGAGUCUGAUUGCUGGGAUGUUAUGACAGGGAUCGUUGAUCAGACUGGGGACUUGGUAGAGAGGUUGAAUAUUUGGUCCGACGAUACUGGGGAUGGAGGCUUCGGGGCAUAUUUCACCGAGCAUAAAGGGAAGAAAGUCAAAAACUAUCGUACCAAUGGCCGGGGGGGAACUGGUGAAAUUGAAAUGGUCACAGACGAAACCAUCAGGAAUUACAAAACAAAGUCAAAGAUUGUUGCGGCAGCCGAGAAACACAAGUUUCUCGGGUCCGACGAAAAGCUACGCUGCAGAUGCCACUGUGGCGGCGUCGACUUCUACCUUACGCUACCAAAUCCUCAUAUCCCAGGACCAGAUCCAAAUAAAUUGGACAAAAACGACGGUUUUUGGUGGUUGGCGGGGAAUAAAUAUAGAACCGGCAUUUGUUCCUGCGAAUCUUGUAGAUUAUGUUCGGGAUUCGAAAUUAAUACGUGGAUAUAUGCUCCGAAGGCAAAUCUUGUUUGGAACGACGGAAAGCCUAUGCAUUUUAACGAAGGUACGUUGAAAUCGUACGAGAGCACACCCGGGACGGUCAUUCGAGAAUUCUGUAGUGUCUGCGGGGCCAAAGUGUUCUAUAGAGCGCCCGCAAGGAGAGAGCCAUCUGGAGUACUCGACAUCGCCCCAGGCCUAAUCGUAGGGAUGGGCAGCCGGGCGGAAGAAUGGUUGAAGUGGGAACCUGAGACUGGGUUUGAAGAUGAUGCACUAGACCCUGACUUUGUUAUUUCUAUUAACAAUGGGAUAUCCAAAUGGAACAAAGAAGCUGCGGGAACAGAAUAG